AAAGGUCAGAAGGAAGUGCAACGACAGAAGGAAGGGGGGGUGGUGGUCAUGGAGAUGCAACACUGCCAGUGCUGAAGAGGGAAGAAAGGGCCAGAAGCCGAGGCAGGCCAACGGCCUCUAGAAGUUGGAAACCACAAAGAAGCUGAUUCUUCCUGACAACUUCCAGAAGGGAACUGAGUCCUGCUGGUACCUGGAUUUCAGCCCAGUGAGACCCGUGGCAGACGUCUAUAUCGCAGACGUGUAAGUCCACUAUGCCCCCCAAAUCUGACGUGUUGAGUCAAGAUGAACUGCGAAAAAAGCUAUACCAGACGUUUAAGGAUCGGGGUAUACUGGACACGCUCAAGACACAGCUCCGAAAGCAGCUAAUUCACGAAUUGAUGCACCCUGUGUUGAGCGGAGAACUGCAGCCCCGGUCCGUUUCAGUGGAGGGGAGUGCCCUUUUAAUAGGCGCUUCUAACUCUCUAGUGGCAGAUCACUUACAAAGAUGUGGCUACGAGUAUUCACUCUCUGUUUUCUUUCCGGAAAGUGGUUUGGCCAAAGAAAAGGUAUUUACUAUGCAAGAUCUAUUACAACUCAUUAAAAUCAACCCUGAAUCCAGUCUCUACAAAUCACUGAUUUCAGGAUUUGAUAAAGAAAACAAAGGUUUUCUCAUGCAGUUUUUAAGAGAAUUGGCAGAAUAUCAUCAGUCCAAAGCGAGCUGUGAUAUGGAAACUCAGACAAGUUCAGCAUUUCCUAGCAAAGACUCUCUUGCGGAAAAGCUUCAGCUCAUUGAUGAUCAGUUUGCAGAUGCUUACCCUCAGCGUCCCAAGUUAGAAUCUUUAGAAAUAAAGUUAAAUGAAUAUAAGAGAGAAAUAGAACAGCAGCUUCGGGCGGAAAUGUGUCAAAAGUUGAAGUAUUUUAAAGAUACUGAAAUAGCAAAAGUUAAAAUGGAAGAGAAGAGAAAGGCUGAGAGGGAAUUAGCUGAGUUCCGGAAUGAAUUGGAGCGAGCUUGUCAAGCAAAAUCUGAAGCCCUCAUUUCUCGGGAAAAGAUGGCUCUUGAGAGAAUUCAAAAGCACCAGGAGAUGGAAACCAAAGAAAUUUAUGCUCAGAGACAGCUUCUACUAAAAGAUAUAGAUUUGCUAAGAGGCAGAGAAGCAGAGCUGAAGCAACGAAUUGAAGCUUUUGAAUUGACUCAGAGGCUGCAAGAGGAAAAAAAUAAAAGCAUAACUGACGCACUUAGGAAGCGGGAGCUGAACGUAAAGAGCAUUGAGGAGAGCUAUGACCAGAAGCUCAAGAAUGAACUUCUCAAGUAUCAACUUGAACUAAAGGAUGACUAUAUCACCAGAACUAACAGGUUGAUAGAAGAUGAAAGGAAGAAUAAAGAAAAAGCUGUACAUUUGCAAGAGGAGCUCACAGCUAUUAAUUCAAAAAAGGAAGAACUUAAUCAUUCUGUUAAUCGUGUCAAAGAGCUUGAGCUUGAGUUAGAGUCUGUCAGAGCCCAGUCUUUGGCAAUAACAAAGCAAAACCACCUGCUGAAUGAAAAGGUAAAAGAGAUGAGUGACUAUUCGCUACUGAAAGAAGGGAAACUGGAGCUCCAGGCACAAAACAAAUUACUUCAACAACAACUGGAAGAGACUAGAAACGAAAACUUGCGUCUCGUAAACCAUAUAGCUCAGCCAUCUCCUGAGCUGGUGAUUUUUCAGGAAGAACUAAAGAAAGCAGAAAACGCUAUCGCAUUUGAGCAUAAGGAGUUCGAAAGCCACAAGCAGGCUCUGCAAAAACAGCUGCAGAGUGAAAUUGAACAUUCUGCACAGCUGAAGGCCCAGAUACUUGAUUACGAUGACUCCAUAAAGAGGUUAACUAUACAGGUUGCUGAUUUGAAAUUGCAACUGAAACAGACCCAGACAGCGCUCGAAAAUGAAGUGUACCGCAAUCCGAAGCAGUCUCUGAUCUAUCGUUCCGCCAGCGGACUGCUGCGUGGCAAGGUGGUGGUGCCUCAUGAUGGGUGUGUAAGCGGGGAUUUCCUGAAAAAUCCUCUCGACCAGGAAACGUUGAUGGCGGUUAUACCAAGGAUCACAGGUUAUCCAAAUGCAAGCACAGAGAGUAGUUCCCCUGAUUCUGACCUUGAGUUCGUAGCUAAUACCAUGGCAAGGGUGAAAGAACUAGAGCAAGAGGCCGAACGUUUGGAGAAAGCUUUCCGAAAUUACCAUCGAAGAGUUAGUCAACUCCCCGCUAAAAGCCUUUUAGCGGCCAAGAGCCCGCCACCCCUGCACUUGCUAGGCACACUCAAAAGCACCACUUCGAGUUCCCCCCAGAGACACACUUGUGCCGAGGACAGAGUUGUCUCCGAGCAGCCUCCGGUGGGCACCCCCGAAGAGGACAAGAGCAGUGCUUCGGAGGCGUGGGUAGGCAGCGCGGCCUCGAGGCCUCGCAGGGGCACUGCCUCCAGACGCCUCUCCUCCACUCCCGUUCCCAAAGCAAAAAGGAGCCUCGAUGGUGAAAUGUAUCUGGAAGGUCUGGGCCGAUCCCAUGCUGCUGGCCCCAGUCCUUGUCCUGACAGAACACCCCGGCCUUCACCUGCGGAGUCUAGGCACAGCCCUUCCCUCCACCUACUGCCCAGCCCUCCAGAGCAGGCCAGUCUUUAUCAAAGACAAAUGGAGCUUCAGGACAAAAGUGAAUUUUCACAUCCGGGCAAGCUACCUUUUAAGGACAAUGAGGAAUUUGAAUCAUCUUUUGAAUAUGCAGGGAGCGCGGCGAGGCAGUUUGAAGGAGACGGCCUCCAUCCUGCCGGCGACAUGCCUUCCGUGGACGCUGCCACAGCCCCCAGACCUGUGUCGUAUCACUACCCGAAGCAGAGAGCAUGCCAAGCAGAUCCAGGAAGGGACGGUGCUCACGAAGGUGAAGGUGUAGAUCAGAAACAAAUGGGAGAACAGAAGGAAGAAGAAAAAAUAUGGGAAGAACACCUGAAAGAACGCAGACAGAGAGAAGAAAGAAGGCAGAACGAGCAGCAAGAGGCUUUAGAAAGGGAACGGAGAGAACUAGAAAAACUGGAUCAAGAGCGGAGGAUGAUUGAAGAAUCACUGAAGAUUGAAAUGGAAAAAGAGUUAGAAAUGAGUGUUGAAGAAAUGAAAGGCAACUCUGUUUGUGGUGAAACUCCUUUAGAGAAAUACAUGAAAAUUAUUCAGCAGGAUCAAGACCAGGAGACGGCAGAUAAGAGUUCGAAGAAGGUUGGCAGAGAAGCCUCAGAAGUGGACACACUGCCAUCUAGCAACAAAGACGAAAGUUUCACGGGCUUUUCUCAUGAAGAACCAGAUGACUUUUGGUAACCAUAUUUGCUGUCCAGCAUCUUACCUAUAUAAUGUAACUAAAGGCCUGUGAAUUCUCUGUAACGACGAAAUUCUCAAUAAAAAUUUUAUGUGUAAUCCCA